AGUUACUACACCCCAAUCUAAUAAACCCAAAAUUGCAGUGUAGACUUCAGAGUCUUCCUCUGCAUCUGUCUACACCAAUGGCAAUGGUCCCUCAACCUCUGUUAAUCCUUCUCUUCUUUCUCUCCCUUCUGUCAAUUGUCAACUCCUCUCCUUCACAACACAUUCAGAUCGUCGAUGCCGAACGCAGGAUUGACUUGACCUCCCACAUUAUUAAGGUGUACUUGACAUUGAAGGUGGAAAAUUUGGGAACAUCUGCUGCUUCUGAAGUACUUCUGGCCUUUUCGCCCGCUGAAGUUGAACGUCUAGCAUUACUCAAAGCCGCUGCAACUUCUGGGAAAAGGAAGAAGAAAACUUACGUUCCUCUUGAUGUCAAAUCUGCUGAGCAGCCUGAUGGACCAAAUGGAACUAAGUUUUUCUCUAUAACUUUGUUAACUCCACUUAGUAAAGGGGAAACCACGACACUAGAGGUUCUUUACAUAUUGACACGUUCUUUGGAACCUUUUCCAGUGGAAAUAAGUCAAUCAGAGCCACAGUUGGUUUAUUUCCGUGAUAGUGCAAUAUUAUUGUCUCCCUAUCAUGUCAAACAACAGACAACUUUUCUCAAGACACCAAGCACUCGGGUAGAAUCAUUCACGGUGGUGGACCCCACUAAACGUGCUGGUACAGAGUUGAAAUAUGGGCCAUAUGAAAAUCAUCCCCCGUAUUCAUAUUCUCCCGUACUUGUUCAUUUUGAAAAUAACAAUCCAUUUGCUGUUGUUGAGGAGCUAGAACGUGAAAUAGAAAUAUCUCAUUGGGGAAGCAUUCAAGUCACUGAGCGAUAUAGCUUGGUCCAUGCCGGUGCUCAACAUAAAGGUGUUUUUUCAAGGGUUGAAUAUCAAACUAGACCUGGUGGUACUGGUGUUUCAUCAUUUAAACAUCUUUUAGCAAAACUACCCCCUAGGGUCCACUCAGUAUACUACAGGGAUGGAAUAGGAAAUAUUUCCUCUUCACAUCUUCGUACAGAUUCUCGGAAGUCAGAACUUGAAAUUGAACCUCGUUAUCCUCUAUUUGGAGGCUGGAAAGCAACCUUUGUCAUUGGCUAUGGACUACCGUUGCAAGACUUCCUUUUUGAAUCUCCAGAUGGCAGAAGAUACCUCAAUUUUACUUUUGGUUGCCCUCUUGUCGAGACAGUGGUUGAUAAAUUGAUUAUAAAAGUUGUGCUGCCGGAGGGAUCCAAAGAUCCCACAGCUGAGAUUCCUUUUGAAGUAAAGCAGCAUCUAGAGAUCAAGUAUUCAUAUCUUGAUGUUGUCGGCAGGACAGUGGUGGUUCUAGAAAAAAGAAAUGUAGUUCCUGAGCAUAAUACUCGUUUCCAGGUAUACUAUGGUUUUAACCCUAUAUUCAUGCUUGCUGAGCCAUUGAUGCUGGUAUCUGCAUUUUUCUUGCUUUUUGUUACUUCUGUGGCAUAUCUUCACAUUGAUCUUUCCAUACGCAAGUGAAGAACAUAACCAGUUUCUUGAAAGGCAGUGACUGAGCAGAUCCAAGGGUUCCUUAUUUUUGGAAUUUCAUAUUGCAUUUUUGACAAUAUUGUGUGGUGUUAAGAGGACUGAUUGCAAUUAUAGAGUUUACUUGCUUGUACAAUUUUCCAAUGGCAAUUUGAUCUUAGGCACUUAAUUGUAAGAAACCUGUAAGAUUUUACUGUGUAGGCAUUAGAAAUAUUUAUGUGAAACUUAGUAAUCAAUAUACAAA